CUCUCUCUCUCUCUCUCUCUCUCACUCUCUUCUCUUGCUCGUGGUGUCGGCAGCGGCAGAUCUCUUCACACCGGCCGGUGCUGCCGCUUCCGCCAAUUCCACAUAGUAAAAAUAUAUAAUAAUGCAGCUCCUCUUCCUUCCGCGGCGUGGAUUUGGGCUUUUCUUAAUGCUAGCAGCAGCAAUAAUGGUUUCAGCAGCUCAUCAAAGCAGCAGCAGCUCAUCAUCAUCGCAUUGGCUUCCCGCCACAGCCACCUGGUAUGGGAGCCCCGAAGGUGACGGCAGUGACGGCGGCGCAUGUGGGUACGGUUCCUUAGUCGACGUGAAGCCUUUGAGAGCGAGAGUGGGCGCUGUCAGCCCGGUGCUGUUCAACAACGGAGAGGGUUGCGGCGCGUGUUACAAAGUCAAGUGUUUGGACAAAUCCAUUUGCUCCAGGCGAGCCGUCACCAUAAUCGUCACCGACGAGUGCCCUGGUGGCUACUGCUCAGGUGGGCGGACCCACUUCGACCUCAGUGGCGCAGCCUUUGGCCGCAUGGCUAUUGCCGGAGAGCAUGCCCUCCUCAGAAACCGAGGCGAACUCUCCGUUCUAUACCGACGAACACCAUGUAAAUAUCCCGGGAAGCAGGUGGCCUUCCAUGUGAAUGAAGGUUCAACCAACUAUUGGCUCUCACUCCUGGUUGAGUUUGAGGAUGGAGAUGGAGACGUCGGAGCAAUGCAUAUAAGACAAGCAAGCUCUAGUGAGUGGGUAGCGAUGAGGCAUGUCUGGGGAGCAAGUUGGUGCAUCGAAGGAGGAGGACCUUUGAGAGGGCCAUUCUCAGUCAAGAUAACCACACUAUCAACUGCAAGAAGCCUCACCGCCCGGGAUGUCAUUCCAAGCAACUGGUCUCCCAAAGCCACUUACACCUCUCGCCUCAAUUUCUAACCUAUUAGCUACUUCUGUUAAAGGGCAAAGGGAUCCAUCCCCCCAUGUCGACGACGCCAAAGGAGAAAUUGUCAUCGUCUCCUCUUUGUUUGUUAUAUUUUGUUUUUGGUUUUUGGUUUUUUUUUUUAAAGAAAACAGCCGUUGGGGGAUCGCAGUAUAUUAAUUAGCUUCUUCCAAUGUUGGCUCUUUCUUUGAAUUGUAGCGUGGUCGUUGUAUUGUAUUGUAUUUAUAGCCCUCUCCAAAAACGGAGAGAGAGCGCGUGCCAUCGAAUGCAACGUGUACCUAUGUUUUUCUUUUUGAUUAAUUUUAGUUUCACUCCUCAGGCUUUUAAUUUUGAAAA